AACUAGUUUCUUCGAAAUUUUUAUCAUUAAAUUGUAGUGAUGACCAUUAAUGAAGAGUAUUUAAAAAACAAACUAAUAAAUAAUCUGGAUGCAUUUUAUGUGAAACGAUUUUUGUGAACAAGUUUCAUUUUUUUAUGGUUUUUGCUGUACUAAAAUUAGUCAUGAGUUACAAUCACUUGUUGAAUUUAUACCAAAAUAGAAUAUUAGACAACACCUAUGUUUUUAUGAUUGCUUUACUUUUUCGUUGGCUUGUAAGCAUACAUGGGUAUUCAGGAAAAUCAAAACCCCCCAUGUACGGUGAUUAUGAAGCUCAACGACAUUGGAUGGAAAUCACGGUGUCAUUACCAAUAAAUCAAUGGUAUUUCAACUCAUCUGACAAUGACCUGUUGUAUUGGGGCUUAGAUUAUCCACCUAUUACUGCAUAUCACAGUUAUAUUAAUGGUUUAUUAUUUAAAAAAAUUCUUCCUGAAUCUGUACUUCUAAACUCAUCAAGAGGUUUUGAGUCUGAAGCUCACAAGUUAUUAAUGAGAUGUUCUGUUCUUUUAGUCGAUAUUCUGAUAUUUAUACCUGCUGUAUACUGUUUCUUCAAUCAAUUAUUUAAAAUUAAAAAUAAUAAACAGAUUAAUAAAAUCAUGGCAGUUAUGUUGGUUUUGCUGUACCCAGGACUUAUACUUAUCGAUCAUGGCCAUUUUCAAUAUAAUUGUGUGUCUCUAGGCUUAUUUAUAGCUAGUGUAACAAGUCUUUAUGCUAAUAAAAAUAUUUUUAGUUGUGUUUUUUUCUGUAUGGCUAUUAGUUAUAAGCAGAUGGAGUUAUAUCAUGCUGUGCCUUUUUUUUUCUAUUAUAUAGGAAUAGUAGUAGAAAGUUAUAAAAAACAUAAACUUAGUGUUGCAUUAAAUAUCUUUUCUGUUUUAUGUAUUAGUGUAAUUUUAACUUUUAUGAUAACAUGGGCACCUUUUAUAACAAAUCCUAGCCAACUAUUUCAAGUAAUACAUAGAAUUUUUCCAUUAGAGCGAGGGAUUUUUGAAGAUAAAGUUUCUAAUGUGUGGUGUAUUGUAAAUAUUUUUUAUAAAUUAAAAAAUGUAAACAAACAAUUAAUAGUAAUAAUUUGUUUAUUAUCAACAUUAGUUUCUGUUUUGCCAUCAUGUUUAAAUCUUUUAAAAUAUCCUACUAAAGAUAAAUUUUUACUUUCCUUAAUUAAUUGCUCUUUUUCAUUUUUUUUGUUUUCUUUUCAAGUUCAUGAAAAAAGUAUUCUUCUUGUAGCUAUUCCAAUAUUAUUGUAUGCUCCUUAUAAUACUUUUAUAUGUACUUGGAUUGCCAUAAUAACAUCAUUUAGUAUGUUACCACUUUAUAUAAAAGAUGAUUUAAUGAUUCCAUUUAUUUCAUUAUCUAUAAUUUAUUUUAUUUUCUGCAAAAAAAUUAUUUUAUUAAAAGAAGAAAAUGUUUCAAAAUUAAGUAAGCUACGAAAUUUUUCAUUAACUGGGUGUGUAAUUUUAACAUUAAUUUGCUUAAUAAUAUCCCCUCCUAAGAAAUAUCCAUAUUUAUGGCCAUUACUUAUUUCUAUUUAUAGCUGUAUACAUUUUAUUUGUUUUUGGUUAUAUUUUAACUAUCAACAGUUAAUACUUUAUAUUCCUAAAAAAAAAUUGUACUAAUUUCUUUUUCUAUUA